UGCCAAUGAGGUUUUUGAUGAUAUUUUUAAUUUAAAUAAUAAUAAUAUUAUUAUACAAAAUUCAAAAGCUUCAAUUUCUCAAAUUAAAUAUAAAACUACUUCAAAAAAGCUCAGAAAACUAGACAAAAGUUGGAUAUGGAAUUAUAUGAAAAUUGAAAAAGAAUCUAUUAAUUGUGAAGUAUGUAAAGAAAACUUAUCUUUUAAUUUAACUAAACCAGCUUCAUUCGAAUUAAAUACUGCAACUAGAAAUAUGAUACAACAUUUAUUAACAGUUUAUCAAAUUAAUGAGUAUUCUAAAUCACAAAGUGCACCAUUAAUAAUUCAACCCAGUAGACAAGAAGAUAUAACUUUUGAUUUAGUAGAUUGGAUUAUUGAUGACAUGCAAGCAUUUUCAGUUAUAAAAAAUAAAAAAUUUAGAAAAUUAAUUAACAAUCUAUAUUCCAAUUAUCAAAUUCCAGCUAUUAGGUUGAUUAAAAAUAUAAUUUUUAAAGCAGUUCAACAUAGUAAAGAUAAAUUAAAACAACUUUUUAAUUCAACAAUAAUUUCAGCAAGUUUUACUACUGAUGAGUGGAUCUCUAAUCAUAAACCAUAUAUUGGAGUUACUAUUUAUUGGAUAUUUCCAGAUUUUAAAUUACAUCAAGUAUUAUUAUCAUUAGAAAAACAUUCUUAUCCUUAUACUGCAUUAAAUAUUUUUCAAAAAUUGAAAUCUAUAUUUGAAAAAUUUAAAAUAGAAGAUAAAUUUAUUGUUGGAGUUACAGACAAUGCAGCUAAUAUGGUUGCUACAAUAAAAAAGUUUGAAAAUAUUCAACAUUUAAGAUGUGUUACACAUACUAUUCAAAUUUCAAUUAAAUAUGGAAUAGAAAAAAUUAAUAGAUUAAUGGCAAAAAUUUCUAAAUUGAACAAAUAUAUAGUUAAUUAUGAUAAAUAUUAUCCUAGAUUCAAAUCUUUAAGAUUUAUUGAAUCUAAAAAAGCUAAUUCAAUUAUAGAAUUUAUAAAAGCUAAAAUAUUAGAAUUUGAAAGAUUAGAAAAUAUUAUUGAGGAUUCUGAAAAUUUAAUUCCUAAAAAUA